AUGGCCUCCGGCAGCUGCGCCUGUCAGUACAUCCGUUACACAGCUUCCAACCCACCAACUUGUCUAGUCAACUGCCACUGCACAACCUGUCGCAAACAAGCCGGCGCACCCUACCAGAGCUGGGCAUUUUUUGCCACUGACGAUAUCAAAUGGCAUGUCAACCCCAAAGAGCGGCGGGCAACCCAUACUGCUACGCGUAGCUUCUGUCCACGCUGUGGCUCGACCCUGAGUAUGAUCCUAGAUCGGGAUCCAAAGAACAUCGGGAUCGCUGCGGGGACACUCGAUGAAGGACAGGCGCAGAUUCCGUUGCCGAGUGAUCAUAUUUUCCUUAGUGAGAAGGCAUCCUGGUUUGAGUUGGCGGAUUCGGAUGCAGCGAAGAGAUGGGAUAAAUGGGGUGUAUAUGCCAAGUCAUAG